UCCCGUCUCCGCCUUUCGGCCGCCUCACGCCUCCCCUUUUUAACCCCUUCCCCGGCCGCCUCCCUCCGGCCCCUUGCCUCCACCCACGUCGUCGAUCUCGUCCACUCCAAUUACAUCCAUCCAUCCGCUCUGCAACCUUCUCCGGUUGCUGCGAGCGAGAGCGAGAGCGAUCGCUACAGCCGCCGGUGGCCAGCCAUGGCUGAGGAGCAGAGGUGGCAGGAGGGCUGCCACCGCCUGUGCGCCAACAACUGCGGCUUCUUCGGUAGCCCCGCCACGCUCGACCUCUGCUCCAAGUGCUACCGCGACCGCCAAGGCCGGGAGAGUACUGCACCCGUCGUCGUCGCCGCCGCAGCCUCGGCCUGCCCGGCUACUCAUCCUUCCUCGCCAUCCUCGUCGUCUUGUCCGGCGUUCUUGCCUUCCUCCACUGCCGCCGAGGCUGGCGUCGUCGUCGCGGCGGUGGCGAAGGCGAGCAGGUGCGCGAGCUGUAGGAAGCGGGUGGGGCUUACGGGGUUCGCGUGCCGGUGCGGCGGCACGUUCUGCGGCGCACACCGGUACCCGGAGCGGCACGCGUGCGGCUUCGACUUCAAGGCCGCCGGCCGCGACGCCAUCGCGCGCGCCAACCCGCUCAUCAAGGGCGACAAGCUCAAGGACAAGAUCUGAUCCCUCCCCACCUGCCGUGCUCCCCGUCGCCGCCGGAAGAACGCGCGGUUGGAUUCCAAAUUAAAUACGCUUAUUAUUAUGUAAGCUACAGCCGGCCGGCGGUGAAAUCGCCAGCCAGCCAUGCAUGCAUGCGACUGAAAUGAAAAUGAGUUCAUAUCUCUGCUCCUUCUAUUCA